AAACUCCGUGACGCUGUAAGAUCUAUCUUGUAAAAUUUUGCGUGUAAAUUAAAGUGUCAACUUUUUCCUAAUGACUUUUGUUAAUGUUAUUUUCUUUUGAGAAAACUGGUUAGUUACUUAUAAACAGACAGGAAAAUAAAAUCAGCAAUUUCAAAGAUUAAUAUUCAGAAAGUGAAAAGAAAAGAAUGAAAAAGUUGUGGAUUCUGACAAUAGUAGUGUCAAUUUUGUCACUGCUGAUAUCAAAUUCACAAUCAAAAUCAAAUGAGAAAUUAUUGAAGAUUGAUGGUAAAGUUUUAGAAUUAGACGAUUCUAACUUCGAUUCUGCCAUCUCUUCUUUUGAUUUCAUAUUCGUUGACUUCUACGCGCCAUGGUGCGGUCACUGUAAGCACCUCGCUCCUCAGUUGGAUGCUGCCGCCCCUCUUGCUGCUGAGCUAAUACCACCUAUAGCCAUAGCAAAAAUAAAUGCUGAUAAGUACACCCGCCUUGCUUCCAAAUACGAUAUUGACGGAUAUCCUACCCUUAAGAUAUUUAUGCACGGCGUUCCUGUAGACUAUUACGGUCCGAGAAAAUCAGAUUUACUUGUGCGUUAUUUGAAGAAAUUUGUUGCUCCUGAUGUUGCCAUACUUAAUUCAGAUGGUGCUAUUAGAGAAUUUGUUGAAGGAGCUGGUACUAGCUUCCCGAUUUUUGUCGGUUUUGGUGUUAAUGAGACGAUGUUAUCAACUUUAGGUAUAAAGCAUAAGAAAAAGGCAUGGUUUUCUGUUGCAAAUGAUUUUUCAGAGGAUGUUAUGGUGCGGUAUGAUUUUGACAAGGUACCUGCUUUGGUGGCCAUUCACCCAAAAUAUAAUGAGCAAAGCAUCUUUUAUGGCCCAUUUGAAGAGAAUUUUUUGGAGGAUUUCAUAAAACAAAAUUUCCUUCCUCCAGCUGUGCCCAUGAACCAUGACACACUUAAGAUUUUGAAAGAUGACAAGAGGAAAAUCGUGUUGACUAUCAUGGAGGAUGAAUUUGAAGAAAGAUCACAAAAACUAAUCAAGUUACUAAAAGCUGCAGCAUCUGCAAAUCGUGACUUGGUAUUUGGUUAUGUUGGUAUCAAACAAUGGGAAGACUUUGCUGAUACAUUUGGUGGCAAUAAGGACACUAAACUGCCAAAAAUGGUUGUUUGGGAUGGAGAUGAAGAGUACCUCUCGGUUAUUGGUUUAGAAAGCAUGGAAGACGAGGAUCAGGGCUCUCAAAUUACACAAUUUCUUGAAGGAUACAGAAAAGGGCAAACAAUACAGAAAAAACUUGGCGGUCCAUCUUUUAUGGGCUAUAUCAAUUCACUAAUUGGUCUCAGAUCUGCGUAUAUAGUUGUUUUCUUGGUUGCUAUGCUAUUGCUUAUCCGAACAGUUGGCAAGGAGGAACCUCUACGGGUUGGUACCCGAGACCAAGUUGAGGAUGUCUCGAGUUCCGUAUCUGAAAGCGCCGCCGAGUAUAAACCUGGAGACAAACAAGACUAGGUCUAGGUUUCUGCUUGAAUGGUGCAGAAUCUUGCAAGCUGACUAAUGGGGUUUUAAAGGUUCGAAUUCAUAAAAAAGGCUACUUGCAAGCAUUUAUCAUACUACUUCUGCUGGUAAUUGAAUGAUUUAUGUCCAGAGGAGAGAAUACUGAUUUUUGCUAGUCGGGUAAUUUAUUUUUAGAUUCAAUUAGACAUUAAUAUAUUUUCACAUAACGAUCAAUGUAGUGAUUUGUGCUUAUAUGUUCCAGAUUUUGUACCUACUUUUCUUGAUAACAGAAGCCAUAAUUUACAGAUUUAA